GUCUCCAACGAUGCGGGUCUGGUCUCCGCCUUCCAGAAUGUUGUCCUUUCGGCUCGACACGAGAUAACAGAAACACCGUCAACUCGCAGGACGAGUAGACAACUGCAAUAACCACAGCCAUGCCUCAUUCCAUAAACCCGUCAACUCCAGCUGUCACCUUCACGGCCAUCGACGAGAACCUGACCACCGCUGAGCCCGCCGCGCUUGACCAGUUGUCAGGAUCCCUGCCUUACUGGCUCAUGAACAUACCCCGGGAGCAAUGGCCCGCAGAAUGUCCGGAUUUCCUGCGUAACCUUCCGGAAAAGAACAUACAGAUCUUAUCUACGCCAGAUGAACACCACAAGAGACAUGAUUGGGAGUUGGUCAAGGAGUUUAUAAGAACGAACCGAAUCGAUCGCUUUCGGAGACCUCCGUCGAAUUUGAGAAAGUAUCUGGAGUUUAUAACACAGAUCAAGACGCGGUAUGGAUCGGUGGUGCGGUUUGUCGUCAAGGAACGGCUACGCUGGGGAGAUGGAGACGAUUUGGACGCGUUGAAGCCGAAAGGUCGACCGUUUGAAUACGAUGAGGACAUCAAGACCCUGUAUAAUGACUGGCCGUACGGAGUGGAAGAGGGGAUCAUCCACCUGGUUGUAUGGGUGAAAUUUGAAUUGGAGGACGAUCCAGCCACGGACGAUCUGACACCACGAGCAAGGAAGGAGAUCGACGACUAUGUGAAGAAGACAUUCUGUUCGCGGGUGCCACCGGAAAGGGUCAUCUGGUUCAAGAACUGGAAGUCUCUCAAAUCAGUCCACGCAAUAGAGCAUUUCCAUGUAAUGCUCUACCAGCCAGACAUGGAGUUUGUCCGGGAGAUCACAGGGGGAGAUGUGCCACUGGUUGCGACGUUUUAGACAUUUGGCUUCUUCUAUUUAGCUUCUAGAUGAGAUAUGACAUACGUAGCAUAGACUGAAACCGGAUAGAGCGUAUAUAAUAGCUCUCUAGCGCCUCAACAGUCUCCUAAUUAAUAGUUCCAUCCUAUUUAUAUUGUGGCAACGUCACUCGCGCCCACCGCCGGA